CCUUCGCUUAUAAUUCGCCCAAAACCCUAAUUUGUUGCUGCUGGCAGCUCCGUGAGAUAGACGAAGAGCAAAGAAUCAGAGACAAUGACGACAAGGUUCAAGAAGAACAGGAAGAAGAGAGGUCACGUGAGCGCCGGUCACGGUCGUAUCGGGAAGCACCGGAAGCACCCUGGAGGUCGCGGUAAUGCCGGAGGCAUGCAUCACCACCGCAUCCUCUUCGACAAGUACCAUCCCGGUUACUUCGGUAAGGUUGGUAUGCGCUACUUCCACAAGCUCCGCAACAAGUUCUAUUGCCCCAUCGUCAACAUCGACAAACUGUGGUCAAUGGUUCCCCAAGAGGUUAAGAACAAGGCUUCCACCGACAAAGCCCCAUUGAUCGAUGUCACACAGUUCGGUUACUUUAAGGUUUUGGGCAAAGGGGUUUUGCCACAGAAUCAGCCCCUUGUCGUUAAGGCGAAGCUCGUUUCCAAGAUUGCCGAGAAGAAGAUCAAGGAGGCUGGUGGUGCCGUUGUCCUCACCGCUUGAUUUUUAGGGUAUAUUUAUUUUUUAUUAUAACUUUUUCGAGAUCUUGGAUUUUAUCAUUUGCGCCUUCUGUUUCAAUCUAUCUGAACUGGAUUAAUUGAAAUAGUUUUUAUGCUCAUUGUUCUGGGUUGUCGUUUUUAUUUUUAUGUUGCUUGAGAAACUAAAUUGGUGCUGUGUUUUUGUUCUUAUAAUUAUCUGAUAAUUUAACUCUUGAAUUGAAUGUUGUUAACUUCAAAUGGAUGCUGUGGAG